ACGACGCCGUUUCUCCCCCACCCCCAAUCCUUCAAAAUCUUGAACCCUAUUUCCUCGUCUACACAGAAAGGGCGAAGGUGGUGAACGAAGAAAGGGAGCAUGGCAUCGGAUGGGGUAUCAUCUUGCUCACGAAGGAGUGGAGGUGUAGGAAGAGAAGAGCAAUUCGCGGAAGGUUCUGGUCAUAAGGGGAAGGAUGGCAAAGAUGGGGUGUCACCGAAGUGCUUCUGUGGAGAAUACGCCAUCAUGUUCAUGUCGAAGACGAGCAGCAACCCUAACAGAUUAUUUCUCGGAUGUCCGUUUUAUAAGGUGAGACAACCCCAUUGCAAGUUUUUUUUGUGGUUAGAUGAGCACAUUGGAAGGUUUGGGUUGAGUGAUUCAAGGUUCCAGGCAGAGAAGGAAUUAGGUGACGUUGAAGAGGAUGAAUGGAAGCAUGACAUGGAGAAGAAGAUCAAUUGUUUAGAGAAGAGGAUUGUAGCUUUAGAAUAA